UAAGUUUUAAAAGAAAAAGAUUUGGCAAUGUCAACCAGACGAUGUUAUGGAUUUGGAAACAGAAUCAUUCCAUGAAAAUGAAAUUGUUUCAAGUGCAGCUUGCGAAUCGUCUAUGGACAAUCAAAUCCACAAUAGCAAUAUGGAUGUUGACAAUAUAAAUGACCUUCCUGAUGAUUCAGAAAACGAAAGCAUUAAUGAAAUUGAUGAUAAUGACAUUGCUGUUAAUGAUGCUGAUGACAUUUCCAUAAGUUUAGAGAACGAUGCUGUCAAUCACAAUAAAUUAUUCGAGACAUUACAAUCUCCACACAUUUUAGACACGAUCUGUACGCCAGUAGCAGUGAGUCAAGGAGAGCUUUUGCUCAUGUUUUUAAAAUUCGCUGUUGUAAAUGAAUUAACGCAUACAGCUGUAGUAGAAUUAUUUAAGGCAGUGAAUUGCAUUUUCACUACAAAUGUUUUACCAGAUACUGGUUAUUUCAUCGAUAAACUAUUUUUCUCGUCAAAAUUUGUAAUAUAUCAUGCCAUUUGUCCCGAAUGUCAGAAUUAUGCAGGUACAUUUAAUCGUUCGUGCAUUCAAAAAGAGUGUGAAUUUUGUAAGGAAAAAUUUUCUGUAAACGGUAAAAAUUUUACAAACUUCUAUGCAACGUUUGAUAUUAAAAACAAUGUUAAAAGUUGCCUAGAACGCAAUGAUAAUUAUUAUAAUCAUGUUAUGCAAGAUAGAAUUCAGGAAACCGACAUUUUUAGUGAUAUUUAUGAUGGGAGAGCCUAUUCAGAUUUCGUUCAAAGUUUGCCCCCUGAAGAUAAACAUCAGUAUGUGACUUUCACCUUCAAUUGUGAUGGAGCACCUGUGUUUGAAAGUAGCAAUACUUCAAUUUAUCCAAUUCAAUUAAUGAUAAACGAGUUACCGUUCGAAGUUAGAACAAAGGAAACAAUUGUCGCUGCGUUGUGGUUUGGAAAAUCUAAACCAAAUAUGAACGUUUUUUUGAAAGGAUACGUUGACCAAAUGAAUGAACUUACAGAUUCGAGAGUGGAAUGCGUCAUACAAGGAGAAGCACGUUUGAUUAGACCAUUUGCAAUAUGUUGCAGUGUAGAUUCAGUGGCCCGGUAUUCUAUGCAGGGCGUAGGACCGCACAAUUCCUAUUAUCCUUGCAAUUGGUGUCUACAGAAAGGAAAAUAUAUUCGGAAUAAAGCAAACACAGGUGGUUGUGUGAAAUUUCCAAUUAUGAAAAAAGUGCCUGAAGAACGGAACGAAGAUAACUUUUUAAAUUGCUUAGAAUACUUGAUAAAUGGACCGUCAACUGAAACUGUUCAAGAUGUCAUGGAAGAAGUUAAUGAAGGACAAGAACAAAAUCAAGGACAUGAACAAGAAGAGGAAGAAGAUGUCGGAGAGAAAGAAGACGAAGAAGAAGAAGAAGAAGAAGAGCAUGCAUAUGGUGUUCGGCACGUUACACCAUUAAAUCUUCUACAAAAUUUUAAAAUGAUAGAUGGGUUUGUCCCCGAAGAUAUGCACUGUGAGCGGUUGGGUGUAGGAGCACAAUUUACAAACAUCUGGAUUAGAAAGUUGUCUCGUAAAGAUUUAACAACAAUAGACAAUCUACUAGAAUCGUUUUCAGUUCCUCACCAAACUAUGCGACUAACAAGAUCUAUAACUGAUAGAGCAUACUGGAAGGCUAAAGAGUGGGAAAAUUGGAUUUUGUUUUACAGCAUACCGAUUAUGCAAUUAUUUUUAAGUAUAAAGUUACUGACUCAUUGGGCACAAUUCGUGGAGGCAUUUUAUAUAUCACAAAAAACUUCUAUAACUAAAACAGAUAUAGAACGAAAUGAGGAAUUAUUAAAACGAUUUAUAGUAGACAUAGAACCAAACUACUCGAAAGCAGCUAUGACGUUUAAUGUUCAUCAGCUGUGGCAUAGGCCUAAGUCACUGACAAAUUGGGGUCCAUCAUGGGCUCAUAAUGCUUUUGCAUUUGAAGCGGGCAAUGGAAAAAUAUUACGAAUGAUUAACUCUGCUAAUGGUGUUACUCAUCAAAUUUGUAGAAAACUUUCGAUGUCCCAAAGUGAUUCACUUUUAUCAAAUAUUAUACUUCCAAAAUCAUCAGCCCGUGUAAAAAAAUACUGUUUUAAUUUAGAAAACAAAAGUACACAGAAGACCUGUAAAAUAACAUCAAGCAGAUAUUUUGGAUCACCAAAGGCAGCAAAUAUAAAUUGGAUCAAUAAACUGCAAUUGACAUCAAAAGCUGUAUCUUAUAAAAAAAUGGUGAAAUCCAAGUGUCUAUUUUCUGUUAACGUUGAGAAAAACAAUCAUUCUGAUAAUAGUUAUGCAGAACUAAUUGAUGGUUCAUUUGUAAAAAUUAAACAAUUCAUUGUCGAUGAGCAACUAGAAAAAGAAUUCGCUAUUGUACAAGUCUUCGUUACAGAAAAUGCAUGUCAAAAUCUUUAUCCUUACCUCAAAAAGAUGGUUGAUUUUGAAAGAGGUCUUCGUGCAAUACCCACUAAAAAUGUGAAAAAUAUUUCGGUUUAUCUCGAAGUACAACAGGAUGAAUACAUUUGCUCCGUACCAAACUUAUUUUAUAUUUAA